AUGGAAAGUGAGAAAUGUAACUUUGAGGAGCAGUUGGACUGUUCCUGGAGGUCUCCCCACCAUGGAUGGAAGUGUUUGGGUCCUAAAUUAGAGGCCAAGAGGUAUAGGCUUAAUGUAGCUUGGAGUCGGGGAAUGGGAUCUGGGAGCAUAGGAGGAGGAGAGAUUGUACAUGUGUUCAAUCCUUGUGAGAGGGACUGUGGCUUCAAAUCAUUAGUUCCUCUAAGUCAAUUUUAUGACCAUGGUAAUGGGUACAUUGUGAAUGACAUAUGUAUAAUUGAAGCAAAGGUUUCGCUGUGUAAACCUGAUGCUAAGAUCUUACAAGACCAUGGAAUUUCUGCACCUGUGGAGCCCUUCAAGAAGGGAAAAGAGAGGCAGGGACCUUCAAAUGUGCAGCCUGAAUCUGAGGUUGUGUCCUCUACAUCAGCUGAUGAGCUCAUGGAUUUCAGGGGUUUAGCCAAAAUACAAAAAGCUUUUGUUCCGCUGUUAGAUGAAGUUUGUUCAUGUCACUCUUCUCUCAUUGAAUGCCAAAUGAAGCAAAGUCCCACGUUUAUCGAGUGGGCAUUCACAGCCUUGGGCCGAGUUCUACAUUUUUUGAAAACUAAAAAGGUUAAGGAUAUGACAGAUGAUGUCUGUGCAGACCUAGAACUUCUAUGGAAAGAGCUCCAGAUCUUCAAAUUUGACUUGGCUUGGCUGAAGCCUCAUGUUCAAAGAGCUUUGCGUGUGAAUAAGUUGGUCAAAAGGGCAGGACAAGUAGAGAUAUUGAGAAAGGAUGUGGUUGAUUUGGAGAAUGAAAACAAGAGGCUAAUGGCUAAGCUCGAGGUAGCAAGAAGAGAUUUGGAAAAGGCUGAAGGUGCUGAGGAGAUGGACAUGGAUAAGGAGCUAGGUUAUGGGGGUUAG